GUUUUUGAGAAGGACGCUGGUGUGGUUAUCUUUAGGAGAGGAAAGAAUAGGAAGUGUUGAUAUCAUACCAGAGAGGUCGAUAUCAUCCUCCUCUCUGCUGGAAUUUCUACGGUGCCCCAGCUUUUCAAGGGAAGUGGCGAAAAUUGAAUUUUCUCUCUAGAGUUGUAAAGGAGAGAUUCGAAACUUUGCUUGAUCUUCCGAGGGAGGAGCGACUUUUCAAGACUAUUGUCACAGAAGCUAAAUUGGCGAGGCUUGGUAUAGCAGCUCCAGCCAGAAACAUGACACUUGACAAGAAUGAUCCUGGACUUCGUGCAAGGAUUCUCCAGCAACGCCAAGCCAUAAAGGGGCCAAUUGUGCCCAGACCCUUGGUCCCUCCUAAUGAAGACAUGUCUUCACCUAAGCCCCCAAGUCUCGAGCCCGACCACCCAGGCCUCCAUUCCCCCUGGAUUUAGGAGGGCAACGAUCAGAUCUCCCAUUGAUUCGUUUGAAAAAACCUCGGGAAAAAGAAGAAUGGGUGAGGAGGUGCAGAGUAAGCAAGGCCCUCCGAAGAAGAAAAUGAGGGCGAGUGAUGAGGUCGACAAUCUUAUGGAAGAUGCCAAGAGGGAGACUCGGCAGUCCAAGGCUAGGCAGCGAGUUGACACUCCGGGUGCGCACCACCGUCAAGUUGACGUUCCAGAAUUUCUUUCUGAUUAUGUUGGGGACAUGAUGGGGCUUGUUGAUACUAAGACUUAUACAGCAAAUUUUGGGACCGGUGAACUUGAGGGGGAACUUGAUUCUCUUGUGGAGGGGGCUAAAAGUUCUUUGAUUUUGGCCAAUUUGAAGAAUCAUCUCAUAAUUGAUAAGAUGGCGGAGAGGAUUCGUGAGUUGGACUCCCAGGUGCUAGCAACUAACAAGGAGCUCAGGGCGACCCUGACUCAGCUGGGUCAAAAGAAGAAAGAUGUGGCUAAGAUGGAGGAUUAUCACAAAAGGCUGAAGGAAAAAGAAACAGAGGUUGAUCAGCUAGGAGAAAAGGUUAAGGGCCUGGAGAAGGAACUCAGGGUUAAGGCCAAUGAGUGCAAGAAAAACAAAGAUCUGGAGGUGGAAGUCCAAGACCUUAGAGAGAGGGUUGAGGGUCUCAGGAGCAAGGCCAAGGCUAGUCGUAACAGUAUUCUGAGGGAGUUCCAGGAUUCUAAGGAGUACAAGGACAUCCUAGAGAAUAGCUACUCGGAGGGGUACACUGACUUGCUUACCCUGUGCGUAGAGCAUUUUGUUGAGAAGGGUAUGGGAUGGGCAGUUUCUUUGGGUGUUGAUGCUAUGCCUUCAGAAAUCAAGGGUAGCCCUUCUAAGGUUACACUUGCUGAUGCAAGUCCAGGUCUUGCCCUGUCAAGUCAUGAAGUUGAGGGAUUGGACAGUGGAGGAGUCGACCAGGCAAGCGGGUCAGUAUUGGGAGACGAACCUAUCGAGGUACUAAGCGACGACCAUCAGCAAGGUAAGUCUGGCACUGCUGACACUCCAGCUGAGGACAAAGGGGGUGCUCUUGGAGGUGGGGAAGAUGGGAAUGAAAGGGCUAAGGUGACAAAUGUCGAUCCUUGAAGUGUCAAGGGUUGACGUAAGGUUUAGUUUGUUAUUUCUAUUUUGUUCUUGUAUGUAGUAGGGACUCUUUGGAUUUAUUUACUUUACGUUGCGGAUGUUUCACCCUUUAUUUUGCUAACUCGGAUGGCCGAUUAGCCCUUUUGUGGUAGGGUAUACAGCUCUUGAAUAUCUAUGAUUUCUAUGUAAUCUAGAUAUGUACGAGGAUGAGUAUCUUGAUCUGCCAGUAUUCAUC